AAACUACGGCGCGCGGGACCCUCCUGCCCGGCCCCUGAGCUCCCGGCCCGGGAGGUUAGUCCCGGGCCUCCCGACCCCCCGCAGCCUCAGCGAGCCGACGGGCAACGCUCGGGGCGGCCGGUCAGCGCACUUGAAGAGCCGUGGCCUGACCCGGUGUUCUGGGCGGCGCGAGUAUUCAGACAUACAGUUAUUGCCAUUUUACUGCUAUUCACUAAUGCCUGGGUGGUUGCAAAGAUGGUGACUGCAGAUGACAGCCAGUGGGAUGAAACCGUCUGUGACAUGGCUGUUUGCCAACAUCCACAGUGCUGGGACACUAUAAGGAGGAUUGAACAGGGACAUCCUCGGGUCCGUUUAAGAAACUUUGACUCACUCUGCAGGGCUUCUUCUUUGGAAAGCAAAGAUGAAUUACCAACACUGAAGAUAAUAAACUUCCCCAGCAAUUGCUCUCCUCGAGGAAGGAUCAGAUGUUCCAAUUGUAACAGAACUAUUUCCACCUUUGCUGCACUUGAGACCUCUUUCUCUCCUUCUCUGUAUGAUACUUCAGUCUAUGACUUCUCUGACCGAAAUUCUGAAGUCAGGUGAAUUGUUGCUGAGCUCCAAUCUCUGGAUGACUUUUGAAGGUUGUCAGUAUUCCCAGGACUAAGAGUCUGUAGCAGAAUGGUGGCACCCUUGUUUUUCUGAUAGAGGCUGAGAAGAAUAUGAAUGUUUUAGAGAUUGGAAUUGCCAUGGGACAUGGAGCAUGUCACCAUCUGUGUUUUAUACAUUGCAGAGCAAACUGUUAGCACUUAUGGCCCUGAUUCUGUAAAUAAUUACACAUAUGAUGAACUUUACUCAUGUGAGUGGACCCACUGAUUUCAAUAUUAAGCGCAUGCAUUAGUUUGUACGAUCAGGGCUUAAAAAUAAAUGUAUUUAAAAGAUUGCUCUUCUAGAAUGUAGAAUACUUUGUUAUUAAAUAUUCAUAUUGUUCAUACCAGUGCCAGGUCCCCAUUGUGCUAGGCACUGCACAAAUCCACAGAAAAACAGUCCCUAACACAAAGAGCUUACAACGUAGACCAAAAAAACAAACAAACAAAUUGAAAGGUGUGGAAAAGGGAUACACAUACAAUCCAAGCCCUUGAUCUGUACAUGCUAAGCUUUAUGUACUGAGAGUAGUUCCCAUUGACUUCAAUGGGACUACUUGACUGUGUAAAGUUAAGCAUGUGGGUAACUACUCACAGGACCAAUGCCCAAGACCCGGUUCUGUCACCUUUCCUCAUGAUGAGUAGUACCUUACUCCACCAUGAGUAGCAGUGGAGUAAGGUAUCACUUUACACCCAUUUCUGCUAUCUCUGUUCAUGUUAAGUGAUUGUGGGCAUGUGUCUCGUUAGUUCCAUGUUGUGUCUGUACGAUGAUGCCCCUUGGAAGAUUGUUGGCAGCAGGGUCAAACCUCUUGAUCUAAAAGUCUGAGUCUCUGAUGUGUGAGCUAAAGAGCCAGCUUUGCUACUUCAAAGCCAGUGGCAAACUCCUAAAACCCUAUGAGCGACCCAGCCACUUGAGAGGAACAGAGCUAUUCUGUGUAAGUGUGGGUUACCUGCUGUUCAUGAUUUGUUAGUGGUAUUUUUUAAAAAAAAAUACAAUAAAGCCUCAUCCUUUCCCCUCUGCUCUGGUGUUCAUCUUGCUCAUUUCCUUUUUGUUUUAAUUACCGAAAUAAGUACGAUUUAUUUAAACUUGGUGACAUCCCUUUUAAAAUUGGAAUUUUCACGCUUACCUUGGCAUUUCCUAAUUUUUGAAUGCUUCCCCUGUCAAGGUCAGGGCAAGGUUAACCCUUAUUUUUCCAUGGAUUUCCUUUCUCCUUUCAGAAAGCGGGAAAAAAAAACACCCAGGAAGGAAGAUAAUUUCCAGUGUAAUCUGCAAGUUUCUUGAUCUGGAAUGAGCUGGCUUGGCCCUCCCAAACACUGUCCUCCUUAACUGAGGCCUUCUAAACUUAGCCCAACUGUGACCAAGGCCUCCAAAUCCAGCUGUUUCAGCAUCAAAGUUUAGAUCACGUUAGCCAUCCAGAGUUUAUAUCAAUCCAAAGUUUUAGUGCUUCUCAGAGCAUCAUGGCAAACUGCUCUACCUGUUGAGAGGGAUCGUAAAACCCUGAAAUUCUACUAGAUGGGUGGAAUUUUUUGUAUGAUAUACAAAAGAGAAUACAAGGCAGCUGCACCAAGACAGAGAGUAAAGGAGGAGCUGUCCACUGUAACUGAAUUUCCUGAACAUCUUGAGUGCUUGCAUUAUUGCCAUUGCAUUAAUGCUAGUUGUGUUAACUGUGCCUAUAAAGUUCUUUGAAGAGGAAAAGCUCAGUGUAAUAGAUUAAUAGAUUCUAAGGCCAGAAUGGACAGUUGCGAUCACUAGUCUGACCUCCUUUAUAACACAGACCAUAGAACUUCCCCAAAAUAGUUCCUAGACCAGAUCUUUUAGAAAAACCUCCAAUCUUGAUUUUAAAACUGUCCGUGAUGGAGAAUCCACCACUUGAGCCCUGCAAAUCUGCUUGUAUCCACGGAGCAUGUUUGCAGAUCGCAUGCAAUGCAAAUUUUGUAUCCACGCGGAGCUCUGUCUACUACAACCUUAAUAGCAGAUAGUGUCCUUUGCAUGCUGUUAGUUUGUAUUGUUCUCACUGUGAUUUUGGUUUGUGCCUAUAUUUCAGUUCAGAAAGAACUCAUUUCCCAGGACUGAACUCAGUGGUAGGGUCACACACGAUCCCACAGACAGAGAUGAGCUUCACCAACUUGAAUAGAGUUGGAAAUCUCCAAGUGAUGGAUCUCAGUGAGGUUGCUGCUCCCAAGCAGGACUACUGUCCAGACAGUGGAAAUUUGAUUGUUCAAUGGGUCCCAAACAUACACAGAAAAUCUCAGAGGCCUGACAUGGAAGCAGUAACAGAACUAAAGCCUUUAAGAAGAGUAUGUGUUAAAAACCUUGCUUCUGAAAAUCUCUUUUCCCUCAAAGAACUGCAAAGCAAAGGAAGAGAUCUUGACAUUGUGAGCUUCUUGGAGGUUUGCUGGUGGACUGGCCUUGUGCCCAGCCAAGUGCUAUACUGCAGGGAUGACAAACAGACCACUGUAAAAUGGGCAAAUGCUUGUGCCUUCUGGGAGUGAGGAGGGCUAAGGACUUUGCUUUCAGGCAUUGCACACACAUGCCUCUGGGUAUAGAAUUCCCAGCUCAUGGAUGGGCAGAGAGUUGUGGAGGCAGGGUGCUCACUCAGCCCCAGUAAGAGAGGUAUUGCUGCAUGUCGCUCCACAGCAAAUGACCAAGCCGCAGAAUUGCCGCAUUCCAAAGAUGUCCCAUCCUGCUGGGAUGAAGACACGAACAGGGAUAGGGCUAAAGGCAGGAUAGUGGGGGGUGUAGGAAAUCCCCACUAAUACCUGUGCCUCAUCAGCUCUCCUUACUGCACACAAUGGUAUUUAACAGGUAGCUUGUCUUUUUAAAAACACGCAUUCAGCAAUAGUUCCCUUUGGGGAGGCAUUGUCUUCACUUAGUGGGACUUUCUAAAUGUUUCUGGUGGGAUCACAUGUGCAUUACACCAUCCUCUUACCUGAUGGGGGUAAAUGCCUCCUCUAUUGGUUUAGGAUCAAAGGCUCAUCCUCCUGGCUUCUCUCACUGGGAAACAUUUGUCCUGGAGAGAGGUCAGGAAGGGGUUUUAGACAUGCCAGGAGAAAGGGCACGGGGUGUUUUCCUCCUGGGUCUGUAUUUCACUGUAACUAUUCUGCCCCCCAGAAGAGAAAGAAGUCCAAGAAGGUCCCUUCAGGAGGCCAACCCUAUCAGCUGCUUACAAACAGAAGCCAGAAAAUUAAGUUGGUGACCAAAAAAAUAAAAUCAGUCCCAAGCCACAGAGGUGACAGUUCUGCAGCCAAAGAAGGGAAACCAAAGGAUAGUCCAAUAAAAAAUAGGUAUUCUUCCCCCAGACACCUGCAGACUGCUACAAUAGUAGAGCUGCAAGAUCAGGGUGCCCUGCAGCUGGGGAACCGGAGAGUGGAUGUGCCUGAUGCUACAGAGAAGCACACAUGUCCUUUGCUUGUGCAGAAGAUUCCAGUUGUGAGUUUGAAAGAACAAGGCCUGGAAAGAAUCAGCAACAGUCCUUAUCUGAGGAAAGCAUUUGAAGGCUCCUUCGGUAUGAAGAGCCACGAGACCAAACUAGACCAGCAACCGGGCUAUGCUGAAGCAGGGCUAAUUGUACUCACCACCCAGUCUCUGGAGUCCUGCACACUAGCGGGCACAGAGGAAGCCUCUGCAAACAAAAAACAACUGUCACAAAAACCAUCUGAAGAGCAGGAAUCCCAGGAAGAGGAAGGCCCCAGGAAGCAACACAUGGGACUUGGGAAAAGAAGGUCUUCGGGGAUGUAUGUGCUGUACAACAGCAGCACGGCAAGCCUGGUCCUUGAGGGUGUUGAAGACAAUGGGUACCUGCUGCCAAGGCCAGGAGCACAGCAUGAAAUGUCCUGCAAGUGCCUAGCAAGCAGGAAGGAAGCAGCACAGGCACUGGGCUAUCUUCAGGGAGGGAGCAGCCCGCUGCAGCCAAGCCCAGCUGCUCUAACACCAGACAAUGAUAAACAUGAAGAUGACUCUUACCCUCCUCCCCCUCCCCCUUCUCCUUUCCCAUUGAGGGACAAUGACAAGCCUUCCCCAGAUGUAGAAUCCCCUCUCUUCAGAGAGGACAGCGCUCUAAGGGCAUCCAGUGAACAAGGCCACUGUCUUGAUUAACCCUUCAUUAGAUAAUUGCAGUGGGAACUUGACCCUGUAAUGUGUGGUGAUUGUAAGUGAAUGUGCAGGUUAAGGAACAGUUUGAUUGAGUUCAGGCACUCUCCUUGGGUGCCUGCUCUUGCCAUAGACAGCUGCAUCAAGAGACCAAGAAGGAGGGUGAGUGAGGUAACUUGCCUGCUCUAGGGACCUUUGAAUGUACAGGACAGCGUGAAUGCUCUGUGCUUUGUAAUUAAAACCACAGCUUUCCAUCCUCCUCCCUGGGUGUCUAUCUAUCCUGGCUAGUCUCUCCAGAAGAGGGGCCAAUUUGUGGGAGGGAAAAGGAGUUCCCCCCACCCAGCUCUGCUUUGCUGCACUUCCCUGCAGCUCCUGUAACCUUAUACAUAUGUGUUCCCAAUGAAAUAGUUAAACAAAAGAAUAAAACCAAACUGAAUUCUUUACAGUUCCAGCCUCCAGGGUGGUUCCAGAUCAUCUAAUUUAGUGGAUGACUGUCAAUAACACGAUGAGUGAUACAAUUAAAAAGUUUAUUUAAUAGGAAAUAGUUAAGCAAACAGGUAUUAUGCUAUAACCUACACUGAACUGAUACUUAGUCUAACAUGAAAUGAUAUAUUUAGGGGUGAUCAGUCCCUAAAUGAGAAGUGUGGGUAUAAAACGUUCUCUAACAGUACCUUGAUGGUGCAGCUUGAUGGCUGCAUGUAAUCUAAAGUUAGCCUGCUACCCUUUUUAUAAUCAAUUAUAAUUAUGCCCCUUAAUUAACAUUAAACCCAUCUGUUACCAUAUCUAUAUUUCCACAACCAUAAUUAAAUAUUUUCUACUUUCUCAUUGGCUAUUCAACAUUAAACAUUCUCCUAGUUAACAUUUACAUAAAUGCCAUGUCAAUAACUAUCAAUACAGAUAAAAUAUUCAUGUUUUGGAAAAUGCUAUCUAAAACAUUUGUAAAAACUAAUUAGGACAAAAGCAUGUUUACAACAUAGAUCUGUCCUGACUUAUCUUCAACUUGCCUCUGAAUUGUCACUUUACUCAUAUUUUUUUCAGACCUCAUGUGACUAUUCUUAGGAAAUAGAUUUUGGGCCUAUUUACAUUUCAACCCUUUUCUACAUAAACAUAAGUAAACCCUACCUCUAUGGGCUACUCUCCUUAUGGCAUUUCUGCCCCUGCCAGCCAAGGGCCCAGGUGUAGUUCCGUCAGGUGGCAGGAAGCACCAAGUCAGUAACCUAGUCUUUGUAGAUGACUUUGCGGUCAGUAUUUAUCCUUCAGGGGUGUAAAGGCUCAGAGUUUGUUAGUGUUUCUGUAUAGUAAAGAUCUCUCCUGAGCUCUUCUCCUAGACCAGCCCCACUGCCCUGGCAUAGUGGAUGGCAUCAACGCUGCCUCUCACUAGUAUGCCCAAUUUGGCACCAAGCAGCUGGCAGAUGCUGAAGGUUAAAGCUCAGCUUCCUAUAUAUACAAGGCCUGGGGUCUCUGCAGUGAAAGACAGACGCUUUGGGGAAAAGAAUCUGCUCUGAACACUUUAGGCUCUUGUGACUCCAGAGCAACUAACGCUGGCCAGAGCCUGGCAAUAAUUCCCCAAUGUGGAGAGCCAUAGUCCAGAUUCAGCAACCAAAACAGAUCAGUUCCUGUUUCAAUGAAUUAGCACCAGAAACCACCCAGGACAGAUCUGCUUGUCUGUCUGUUGGAGAAGUGCUGCUUUCAUGGUUCAUCAGAAUUGGCCUUGCUAAGUUAAGAAGGUCACUUCCACUGUCUAGGUGAGCCACCACUGAGGUUCAGCUGCUUUCCAUAAGCCCUAGAUAAGAUGAAGAGGAAGGGAUUCCCUCCCCACUCCUGAGACUUGUCUAAAAUAUGGUCAGGAGUCAGCGGGGAUUCGUCUGGUCCCCUGGGAACAUUGGCUGGCUUCCUGCUGAGUGGCUUGUAAAAUAACCAUUUCAACCUCUCUUGCAAGCCUUGUGCUGAUUUGACCCAGACUGUCCCCUGCAUGGCUGUGCAAAGUGGGGAGGAUGCCCUUUGGCUGGCUACAGCUGCAGUUCUUGGGUCGUUAGUCAACCCCAAGAGAACAUGGAGGAGGCAAGGCCAUGGAGACGAGUUCCUCAGUCAGUGUGCUCCCGUGGCAAGCAAAGGGGCUCCUCUGUCAGGUACCAGAAAACCCUGAGCUGGAGUCCUUUUGGCCUGUGGUUCCUAGGCAGGCCUUGACUUAAACCCCAGUGUUUGUUGUGAAUUGGGGCGAGUGAGGUUCCAGUUUCCCCAGAAUGUCCUGCGAGGUGGCCAUAGCUUUAGAAUGAAGAGCUGCCCCUUUUACUCUUCUCUCCUGCCCAGUGAGGAUUGCCCCUUCUGUGACCCCUGUUCUGUUCUCCUACACUCGCCUCUGCUCUCAGGUGCAACACUGCCAGCCCCAAGCAUCAAAACUCACGAGUCAGAUCCCCCAAAACAAUAAGAAGAAAUGCUGGGUUCUUUGCUUUGCCUUUAGGGGUUUGAAUUUGUAGAUUGCACUUGGGUCACGGUUUGAAGCUUUUCUCUGCAAAUCAUGAGGGCUGGAACCUUUUGUUUUUUUUGGCGAUGAAAGCUGAAAUUCUUACCUAGUCACAGGCCUCCAGAUGCUGGGGCUUUAAGAAAACUGCUGAAGAGCAAGAGCUUUGUGAUAAAAUGAUGAGAGUUAGUAACAUUGUAGCCCUGUACGAAAUCUGCAAAAAUCAUGCAAGAUGGAGAGGCUGCAGGAGGAAAUUAACCGGGCAUUGGGGCAAAAGCAAAGGGAAAGGGCUACUUUAAGGUCCUUCUAUGCUGCUCCAGAAGCAAGAGGCCUGAGAAGCUUGGCCAAGAGUUUCUACUAGAAAAAUGGCCCUGGCACUUUUUCUUGAGAGGAAACUUCAAAAUGUAACCGCCAGGGAGGUUCAUCAUUGAGAUUCUGUCUCCCUGUUCCCCCAGACACCUUGUCUGGCUAGGCUUUUGCCCGAUGCUUCCCCAGCAACUGGCAUCCAGAUUUCCUAAUGCAAUUCCAUACUUCAGCAGUGGCAGGGUGCCAGCGAGCCAAUCUGGCAACACCUGGGUGAGACAGAGGGAGAGCACCUAGCAGAAUUCAUCUCUGACUUUUUUGGGGGAAAUUAAGGAAAGUCCCAGCCCAAAAAUGUUGUUACACUGGAGUGAAGGUUGGAAAAAUCCUUGAAAUAAGGCAAUCUGGGGCUGUUAGAAAGGUGAUCUGAUCUAUCACCUCCAGAGAAAGGGAAGUGCCUAGGGGAUGUAAAAGGAAGUUUAGUUUGACAGUUUUCUGUUCAGUAAGAACUCACUUAUCAAUAGACACAGCUGGGAAACCUUUAUGUCUUAUUGCUUUAUAGAUGUAGUUGUGAAAUCCUCACUUCUGUAUUGUUUUGUCAUUAUAGGUUCCACUUUGCUAUUGUUUAUUUGCCUGGUCUCUGGUUCUGUGAUUGUUUCUGUCUGCUGUAUAAUUAAUUUUGCUGGGUGUAAAAUAUAGUUGGUUAAAUAAUCAUGUUACAAUAUGUUACGAUUGGUUAGUUAAAUUUCAGGAAAAUGAUUGGUUAAGGUAUAGCUAAGCAGAACUCAAGUUUUACUAUAUAGGUUGCAAUCAAUCAGGAAGUGGGGGGCGGGGGAAGAAUGGGAACAGGGAAUGGGGGUGGGGAAAUUGGAAUAAUGUUUUGCUAAGGGAGGGAAUGGGAACAGGGACACAGGUAAGGC